AUGGCUGGCAUGGCUUGCUUGCGUCUCCUCUCGGCCUUUACCACACUAGGCCCAGUUCUGGCAAGCCCCAAACAGGGAGCUUGGCUGCAGAGCCUCAAGGAUUUGAAACCGUUGGGUGAGGAAAGAACCUCUUCCGGUUGCUCGGCUGGCAAAGGUCCGAAAGCUUGGGGAGGCACUGAGGAGGAGGGCUUCGAAGGCUGGGUCCCGCUAACGAUCAUGGACUUCACGCCGGUGAACCGUUCCUUCUAUGUCCAGCUUCCCAAAAACGUCGGCACCUCCCGCUGGCGCCCAGCUCCGUUGCUCAUCGCGCUGCACUCGCAAGGGGACCAAGCCGAUUCGAUGGCCUACAGCCACGACUACGGCACUUUUGGGAAGUCGCUGGGUUUCGUCACCGUGUUUCCGCAGGGUCUCGACGAUGCGGUUCCAGGUGGUGGCGACUUGGGAACAGGCUGGAAUGUGGGAACUGCUGGAGAUGACCAGACAUGUGUCACCGAUGAGGUCACAGCAGACUGUUAUGCAUCGUGCUGGGAACAAAGCAAGUGUGGAAGCUGCAACUGGUCUGGAUGCUACGAUGAGAGGCUUUUCAUCUACUCCGUCAUUCAGAUGAUCAGCUCCGUCCUGUGCAUUGAUCAAAGCCGGGUCUAUGUCACAGGUGAGAGCAAUGGAGGUAUGCUUGCUCACUACCUUGUGCAAUCACUCCCCGGAACUUUUGCGGCCGUGGUCCCUUGGUAUGGCCUUCCUCUUCUUGGAUAUGGCCUGGGGGCAGAGUUUGAGCUGGUCCGUGAUCGGACGGAUUGUCGGCAGACGGCCAUGCUCCAGCUCCACGGACGCCAAGAUGAGAUCAUGCCUGUGGCAGGAGGUGUGUCCGGCGGCUUCCAACCUGGUUGGAUCUAUGAGCCCUUGAAUAAAGUACAGCAGGGCUGGGCUGCAGUUCACAACUGCGAUACCGUUGCCAGCCCGACCCACACCUAUUGGGAUGGUGGGGAAAAGAAUUUCGCAUGCUUCGACUACAAGGGUUGUACCAGCGGAAGGCGUAUCAUGCGCUGCUUCUACGACGGUGGCCAUGGUGAUCGCCCGGGCGAGGGUGCCGCAGACCAAAUCACGGUGUGGUUCUUGUUGCAGUAUCGCUUGGAUGCGAGCCAUGCAGGUGUGGCUUACACUCGGCACUUGGCCCUUGCCAACGACGAUGAAGUCAGACAAUCGACCGCGUUUCACACGCGGUCGCAGCACCGUCUUGCCGUCCUCCUGAAGAUGCAUUUCGCUCGUCAUUGCUUCAUUGAAGAUGGACGCGACCGCACUCAGCAAAAUGCCAAGGGCCAGCAGCUGUGGAUUGUGAGCUUGCCUGUCAAUGGAGAUGCAGUGCUGGCAGGCAGCACUCCCUCCACGGACAGCAUUGUCUCCUAUGUCUCUUUCAGGAUUUCAUUCAGGACAGAGGCGAUGUGCUGGGAGCCUGGACGGCUUUUCUACUCGAACAUCCCCCGCGGGCUGGAUGUGAGCAUCAACGAGAUGCUGCAGCCGAUCUUUUCGCACAUCAACAGGGAGGACCACGCUGAGCGCACAGCACUGCUGCACUUGACACGCGCCUUCCUGAAACGUAGCGGCUGGGAGGCAAGUGACGACUGUGCUGGAUGGCUGCGCUUGUACAUAUCGCACUUUCCGUGCAUUUCCUGUGUGGCGGUUAUUUGCCAGUUCGUGCGCUUCUUCCCCGCCAUCAGACUCGAGCUAGACUUCGACAACAUGUGGAAGACGCGCUUCGAGCCUGCUGACCAGCGGGCUGCCGAGCGUUUCCUGGCAGAGGGUGGUCUUCCAGGGCGCCGGCAGCGGAUUGAGCAGGGCUUCUACGAGUGGUAG